ACUCGUGCGAAGGUGGGAACCGUGAAACGAUUAAACGAGAAGCUUCUGAGUUUUGACGCAGGUGGUAAUGGCGCUUGUAUUUCAGUUUUGCAUUUCUCUCUGAAAUUCGAAGGUUCAGAGAUCUUUGAAGUGAUUUCUGUUUCGAUAUUCGGUCAAGCCAGUGCUUAGCAAUGUCUUCUCCUGCAGAAUUCUAUAAGUCGCUUCCACCUGUUAGCAAGGCCUAUGGAACCCUGUGUUUGUUGGCUACCACAGCAUUUCACUUGGGACUAUAUCAUCAUGAAGAUAUUGCACUCGUAUACCCACUUGUGUUCUCUCAUUUUCAGGUCUGGAGGUUGGUUACAAACUUCUUCUUCCUUGGCAAAUUUUCUGUCAAUUUUGGAAUUCGACUCUUAAUGAUAGCAAGGUAUGGUGUCCAGCUAGAGAGGGGGCCCUUUGAAAGGCGUACUGCAGACUUCUUGUGGAUGAUAAUAUUUGGAGCCUUAUCAUUGUUGGUGUUAUCUGUCAUUCCUCUAUUAUGGACCCCCUUCUUAGGGAUUUCACUAGUAUUUAUGCUUCUUUAUGUCUGGAGUAGAGAGUUCCCAAAUGCUCAGAUCAAUAUAUAUGGACUCGUCACGCUCAAGGCAUUUUAUCUACCAUGGGCAAUGUUUGCUUUGGAUGUGAUAUUUGGUUCACCCCUCAUGCCAGAUCUGCUUGGGAUCCUAGCAGGACAUAUAUAUUACUUCUUCACAGUGUUGCACCCUCUAGCUGGUGGGAAGAACAUAUUGAAAACUCCUGUAUGGGUAAAUAAACUUGUUGCACGGUGGAACGUGGGACCUAAUGCAAAUAGUUCUUCACAGCCGGAUAGGGCAGCUGGUGUUGCUUUCAGAGGGAGCAGCUAUCGGCUCAAUGGAUAAGCUUGUUCUCUUGCAAUCUGGCGGCCUUGAAACAUGUACUGUUAUGCCAUCUUGUUGACUUUUCUGAUGAUAACACUGCUGGGAAUAGCAAGAAGCAACCACUGUAGGCAAAAAUGAUAGCAGAGACACAUGAAUACUGCUCAGUGCUGACACUGCAAUUAGCCUUCUCUGUACACUUCUUAUACAGAAACCCAUGUUUUCUUCUGGUCUAGACUACAAAAUUCAUCAUUAAGAAUGGUUAUUCUGAUGUUAUUGCAAUGACCCUUUAACUGGAAGUUGAAAUCUUACUGAACUUCAUGUUUGAGUUACAUUGGAUUUACAGAAAUACAAAAAGCAAAGUUUUAUUCUAAA